CUUGUGAGCGUGUCGGACAUGUUUGAGAGUGCCACCGGCAAAGUGUUGAAGGAAGAUUCCACAAGAAUACAGAACGAACUGCCUAAACGUUGUUAUAUUGCUACACUGCUGUACCCAACGCGUUUCUACCUCGGAGUUGACGUCAGUAUAAGAAGUCAUGGCAGCACCUGUCAGUCUGGAGCUAGAUCCCAUCUUCCUGAAGGGUCUGAGUUAUCUGCAUUCCAAGAGCAAAGAUUCCGCAGAGAAGCUCAAAGCGCUGCUUGACGAGUCCCUUUCCAGAGGGAGCGACACGUCUUAUCGCUUGGUACAAAAAGAUCUAGAGGUUAAAGGUUCUGUGUCCAAACUCAGCUUCAGCAAACAAGACUCCAAGUCCUCAAGCUCUUCAUCCUCCAGUUUAGGCAGCAAAUCCAGCUCUGAAAAGAGCAAGAAAGACACAGACAGAAGAUCUUCUGAGAAGGUUAGAGUUGAGUUGGGUGACGUCGACCCUCCCAAAAAACUACGUUUAGAGAAACAGGAUCGGUCUUCGCCAGUUACCGUGCAAACAAGUAAAGACCUUCUACCCAAUAUCAACGACUAUGACGAGACAAACGCUGAUGACUUUGCCAUGGAGAUGGGCCUGGCAUGCGUGGUUUGUAGACAAAUGACUGUCUCCAUGGGAAACCAGUUAGUAGAGUGCCAGGAGUGCCAUAACUUGUACCACCAGGACUGCCACAAGCCCCAAGUGACAGACAAAGAAGUCAAUGACCCACGGCUGGUGUGGUAUUGCGCACGUUGCACCAGACAAAUGAAGCGCAUGGCCCAAAAGCCUCCCCAGAAACCCUCCCCAGCCUCCGCCUCGUCAGCACCGGUUGUAAUAAAAGACACUUUGGUGAAAAAGACUGAAUUUAAAACCAAGCUAGAUACCACUAGCACCUUCCAGGCAUUCAAACGAACAGAAGUGAAGACUUCAACAACAUCUGCCAAUCCCACCAGCAGCAACUCCUCAACAUCAGGCAGCGGUCUAACAGGCUGGGCCGCGUUCGGCGCAAAGACGAGUCCGUCUCUUAGCAUCAAUUCCAAACUGGGUUCUUCUGGAUCAAGCGGGAGUAACAAGGCAAUGGCUACUCCACCCGGGCAGAAACCGGUAGGACUUUCCAGUCUAGCUGGAAACAAAUCCGGACUCGGUGCCACAAAGGUCCCCGGGAGCGGCAACGGAAAUGGCGCUACCCAGUUAUCUCUGAAACCACCGCCCCUGACCCUGGGCAAGCAGCCGCUCAACCGUUCAUCGAGCAGUGAAAGCCAGGGAAAAGGUUCUGUCUCAUCGUCUGGUGCAGCCUCACCGGGAAGCUCCCAGGCCAGUCCGGGAAGUAGCGGAACUAGCGGAAAUAAUAACGGAGGAAAUAACGGAAACAAUGGAAAUGGUUCCAAGGUUCUACCGGGGGAUAAAGCGCCAACGUCUCAAGAGUCCCAGCUUCACGCCAUGAAACGGUUGCAGCUGGUGAAGAAAAAAGCAGCACAGAAAAAGCUGAAGAAAUAAUCAUGGUGCUACAUUUUAAUAGGGUACUGAAUGUUGUGCAUACAGUGUAUCACAAAAGUGAGUAUACCCCUCGCAUUUCUGCAGAUAUUUAAGAAUAUCUUUUCAUGGGACAACACUGACAAAAUGACACUUUGACACAACGAAAAGUAGUCUGGGUGCAGCUUAUAUAAAGUAAUAGAGUUCAUUUAUUUUCCCCUCAAAAUAACUCAAAAUAUAGCCAUUAAUAUCUAAACUCCUGGUAACAAGAGUACUCUCCUUAGAAACUACGUACUUCCC